AACGAAUAUUCAAAAUUUAUGUGCCAUUAAAGGUCAACCAUAAAUUUAAAAUAGUAAAGAUGUGUCAUCAUCGUAUUCCGUGACUUAUACCCAAUUAUCUAUCCGUAUUUUUUAGUGUGUCGCUUCUCAAUCUUAUCAGAAUGAAACAUACUAUCUUACAUUGUCGUCCCAGUCUCAGUGCAAAGUGCGUUACUUAACAAUAAUGUACUCACCUGCCUUAAAUAACCUUGUAAAUGGAUGAAUAAAGGUUAAUUGUAUAGUGUUGUGUGAGUUGAGCAUUUUAUAUGGUGCAGUGCCUCACAAUGGGUCAGAACAGCAGCUUGCCAAAGGGCAGAAAAAAGUCCAUGCGUUCCCUGUUGCGGAAAUCAUCCAUACACAAGUCGCAUCUAAGUCACACAUUCAACAUCAUCGAAUAUGAAAACAAGUUGGACCUGCUGAACAUAAACUUGGCAACCGAAGAAGAACUCAUGACCCUCCCGGGCAUCAGUCGUGAAAUAGCGUCCAACAUUGUGCACCACAGGAAGGAGAUAGGCAGGUUCAGGAAGGUGGAGGAUUUGGCCCUGGUUCGAGGUGUUGGUGCAACUAAAUUGGAGCAAAUUAAACCAGAAAUCUGUGUCUCUACUAAACUAAACCACAGUUGUAAUUCCUCGAGAGCACAAAGUUAUGACAGUUUGAGAAGCAACGACUCCAGACUCACACUCAGGUCAUUGAAGGCAAUCAAUGUGAACAAGGCUACAGUGUUCGAGUUGCAGGGGGUUCAUGGUAUUACACAAGAAAUUGCUGCCAGUAUAAUUGCUUAUAGGUUGAAGAAAGGACCAUUCAAAAAGGUGGAGGACCUGAUAAAGGUGAAGCAGAUGGACCGCGUGCGUCUGGACAACGUGGCCCGCUACCUGACCGUCGACGGCGACGACGCGUCCGACCAGGACGAAGGGACGCGUCCCAGCAUCCUGACCAACGGCUACACGAUGCCGGGCUCACACGCCGGCCUCCACCACAGGACGAACGGCGGCCCGCCUAACAUGCCGAUGGCCAACGGUCUGUCCAUGUCUUCGGCCAUCGACAUAUUCGAGCUGCUGUCCGCCUACUCGCCCCGUCCCAUCAUCGAGGAGGUGUUCAAGUACGGCAGGGAUGGGCAGCCGGCUGUUAGGGUCGCCACCUGGAACCUGCACGGGUUCUCCGACGACAAGGCGGCCAACUUUGGGGUCAAGGAGGUUGUUUGCAGGACAAUCUUGGAGAACGGGUUAUCAAUAAUCGCAAUCCAAGACGUAGUGAACGUAACGGCAUUGAGGUCGAUCUGCGAGGAGCUGAACAAUCCGCGGUUGCGACGGAUAAAGGAAUGGAAAGACAGGAACCACAAUUGGAACUUCUGCAUGCUGGACGUGGAGAAUUCCAAACUGGGGUUCAUCUACGACUCCGACGGAGCAGUUAGUAUUGAGUUGAGUUCCCUCAAUGAGGGUCCGAAGGACACGAACGAGUAUUGUGAGGUCUUAAUUUCGACGUUCAGAGUUGGUCCUAUUGAUUUGCAGCUGGUUAACAUGACGUUAAAUCCGGUGGCUGACGUGCAUCUGAUCAAGAGCAAGUUGAGGGAAUUUAUCACUGAUGACGAAAUGAUGGUUUUGUUCGUUGACUUUUCCAACGUUAAAAAACCCAUAGAUGAUUUCUUCCCAGUGGAAGGCUUGAAAACAGUUUUCCCCUUAAGCACAAACACGACGUUCACGAAUUCGAAACUGGACACGUUACAUCACAGGUCGAAUACGUUGAUUUCGAAGAAAAUGCAGGACCACUUGACCAGCUAUUACGGCGUAAUUAGGCACGGUAUGACCCACUUGGCCAUACCUAACGGUUGGUCGUGGGGUGGUCCAGUGUCGCCGUACUGUCCCACGUGGACCGAAUUCUUUCUUUAUUCCAAUCCAGACACAGCUUUGUGAUAUUUUGUUACAUUAUUUUUGUUUUUGUUUAUUGUUGACUAUUUUACUAUAACACAAACUUGAUACUAUCAACCUUUGGCUGUGCCACUCCCUGGAAUGUUUGUGAUACGACUUUAAAUACAUGUGUAUUGUAUUUAUGAACAAAUUUUAUUUAUACAUUGCAUUUAAACAAAGUAUAUGCUUCAGAAUGAGUUUUAAUAUAUACAAUUUUAAUUUAAUAAAUUUAUUUUUGUUACAA